UCCGCGGCAAAGUCAAAUCAGUUUGAAGCUGGAAAGCAUGCAGCACGCUGUCUGAUUGUUUGGAAAAAAAUCGUUCUCCGUGCUACAAAUUCAGCGUUAAACAGAGAUUUUUACCUUUGGGUUACCUAACUGUUUUAAGAACCCCAAUAUUAAGGGAGAUCAUCAUAAUCAUUGAAGAGAGAAAUGGAGCAAGUGGUGAGAAAGAGUAACAAAGAAAACACUAAACCAGUUGGUGGCCCCAAAAACCAAGUCAUCAACAGUAUCGUAUCAAAACAAAAAGUGUUAAUUAAAUCGGUACCCCUUCAAUCCAAGAAUGAUUUUAAGGAGGAUAAUUCUGGAAAAAGUGUGAAGGAUAAGGAUGUUAGACCAAAGAGCAAAACUAAUGAUGCUGAUCCUGCCAAGCGGAGCACACUUAGCCAGGCCUUCCGUACCCAGCAGUAUGUAAGACACCGGAAGCUUGUGGAAGAAGUUCAAAAACCACCUUCAACUGCACUCCAGAAGUCCAAACCUGGUACCUAUAAGGGCCGUAUGGUUCACUCUAAAAUAGAUUGUUUCCGUAAACCCAGUGGUGAUGUGAAGACCACAGAAAAGAGAGUGAUUUCAAAGCCAGAUGUGAUCAGGCCAAAAGCUGUAUUGCCUAAAAUCCGGUCCAAGUCUGUUACUGCUCUGCCAGCAUCCUCUAGACCCAGAAUCAACUCUGCUUUGUCGUCUAGACCAAAAUCUGUCACUGAUGUUCCACUCCAUGUCAUUGAAAUACCAGUCCAGAGGUCUGUUUCCCAAAAACAGAUACCUUCAAAAGUCCCAGGCGCCAUCUCCCAAGCAGGAGCCUGCAUUCCUCCCAGGCCAGUCCCUCUAGCUACAGGGCGCUCGGCCAUCAGCAAACCCUUCCCAUCAAAGAAGAAAGAGACAGUGGUACACGGAGGUAAACCCAAAGCUGCUAUUACCACCACUGAACAGAAAGUCCGCAGGCCUAUCGCAAGCAAGGUCAGCAAUUACAGAGUGCAAAUGGAGACUGCUGAAGAGAGAAGAGCAAAACUUGCAGAGUGGCUUGCUUCUAAAGGAAAGGCCCUAAAGAGGCCUCCUAUCUCAGAAAAGUUGGCAACCCAUUUAAGAAAACCAGACCCGCAGCCUAAAACUGGACCAAAAGCCACCAUCGUUUCCCAGGCUGAAGCUGUAAAACCAACCCCUGAAAUGAAGAUGAACAUUCAAACAGAGGAUAUUGAGAUUCCGGAUAACAGAGCGGUGCACUCUAGCAAAUCAAGUAAUAUUAUGAACACCACACUAGAUUUUCUUGACAACAGUGAUAUGGAGCUGCCGGUUGACCCAGAGAUAAGGAUGGAAUCGUUGGUGCUCAACUUGUGCGAGAAAUUGGAUGCAUUGGAAAUGGAAAUACCCUCAUCAUGUACAAAUGAGAUUGACAGAGCUGUUGUUUUGGCUGGGAAAAGAAUGGAAGUGCAAGUGGAGGAACAGGAAACCGAUAAAGUGUAUGAAAUUCUGGAGGAAAAGGAAGACUCAGAUAGUGACGUUACGGAAGACACUAAAGAGGCUGUCGUAAAGAAUGAAGAUUAUGAGGACAGUGAGGAUGAGAUAAGCUCUACACCUCCAGAGAUUGAAGGUGCAUCCAUUGUAAAGUACAAUGUGAAAACUACUCCAUAUUUGCAAAGUGUGAAGAGGAAAAUAGAAUGCGAUACGGCACCAGGGAGUGGCUCGCGACGCAAAAGUACCAUCAAAGACCUGAAGUUCCUCACACCUGUGCGAAGAUCAACACGAAUCCAUCGCAAGUCCUCUCGUCUGCCAAAUAUGCUGAACGACCACGACACUUGUGUCUCCUCACUGGCUGAGCUGGUGCAGCUGGAAGAUGCAGACGCAAAUGCGUACAUCUAUAGAAAAAACCCAGCUCUGCUCGAAGAACUCCCUGAUCAGCCUGGAGACUUGGCAAAAGAAUGCAGCUAAAGAUUGUAAAGAAAGGUUGUCAGUUUCAAAUGGUGAACCUGAAGUUUGGACUUUUAUAGCGUACUUAACACUUACAUUUUAAAUAUUCUAUGUGACACUAUAAAAGAUUUAAUAUUUUAAUAUUUAAGUGUUUCUUGCAUUGGGCUGCUACAUAGAUAAUCUUUGUUAACUGCAAUGGUAGAUUUAAUAUUUUGAGGGCAAAAAUUUUUGCUCAACUACGCUAACAUAUGGCUGAAAGCUCUCAUUGUGUACUCAUGCAGUGUGCAUGUAUAAAAGUUAAUACUUUGAAUUAUUUUGAUUUGUUGUGUAAACCUGAAGAAAGGUACAAAAUGUUUUAUGAGUGACACUGUUUUUAAUAGUAGGACUCAUGGGUUUGUUUAGAAGAGAUGUGUAUCUAAAACAUGAACAAAGCAAAGUGUUUGUUCUGAUGUUCAAAAUGUCUGUCAGUGCUGAAGUUAUUUCUGUUUUUCUAUAUUUUAUAAUUUUUCACUAUUAAAUGUGUAAUUGUUUUCUGAAAAUACAGUAAAGUCAUUCAGCAUUUUA